GCCGUAUCAUCGCGCUCGCUCGACGAGGAAACGGAGCUGAACGAACGGGCCAUGGAACUAGAGGAGCGUGGAUGGGAGGAGCUCGACCCGCGCGACCUCGACGAAUUCCAGUACAGCCUUGAUGAACGAGGUGUUCCGAACACCGGUCUUCCCAACAACCCUGGUAUCCAGCAGUCAGCUAAUACUGUGAAUAAUAACCAGCCGCAACAGAUUCAGCAGCGAUCGCUAGAGGACAUUGAUGACGAAAUUGACUUAUACGCUCGGUCGAUGCCGGAGGAGGAGCUCGAUUUCGAACCGUUCAGUGCCCGCAGCGUUCCUGAGGACGAGCUCGAGUGGACCGUGGACAUGCGAGAUGUAGAGGGGGAGGAGAACCUUGCGGAGCGCAACAAAGUUGGGCAAGCCAUGGGCAAGGCGUUCAAUAUCAUUUAAUGAUUUGGGCAACUUCUACGCCUUCCGCAUUGGUACAUCGGCAUAAUU